GGAAAAUGAAAGGGAGUCUGAAGAUAGAAGGAAAGCAGUCAAUGGUUGGAAUAAGAUAAUUCAUGCAUCCGCUAAGCACAACUGGUGUCCUGAGCUCCUCUUCCACUGCCUCCAACAGGUCACGCAAUAGGACUCGCUACCGGACCAAAGCCGUGAGCUCUGAGGUGGAUGAGAGCCUUUUUGGAGCUGUCAAGCCCCUGGCCCGUAGCCAGAAUGAUAGCCCCAUUGUGCUGCUCCGAGAUAAACGUGCCAUCCAAAAAUCUCUUGCUUCCUUGAGCAUGGACCAUAAGCCAGAGACCAUCCGGAUCAUCACAAGGGACAUGGUCCGAGAGCUCAUUAUUCCAAAAGAGGAUCCUUCCGGGGAGUCGCUGAUCAUCAGCCCCGAGGAGUUCGAGCGGAUCAAGGAGGCAUCCCACGUCCCGACAAAGGAAGAAUUGGAGGCUAGGGAGCAGGCCCUGAAGAAGGAGAAGGAAGCCCUUGUGGAUGCAGUGAUGACACGCAAGAAGAUCAUGAAACAAAAAGAAAUGGUGUGGAAUAUCCACAAGAAGCUCAGCGACCUGGAGGAGGAGGCCAAGGAGCGGGCUCAAAACCUCCUGCAGAGAGCGGACAAACUUCGCUUGGAGCAAGAGGAAGAGCUCAAGGACAUGAGCAAGAUUAUCCUCAAUGCCAAGUGUCAUGCCAUUCGAGAUGCUCAAAUCCUGGAGAAGCAACAGAUCCAAAAAGAACUGGACGCGGAGGAGAAGAGGUUGGAUCAGAUGAUGGAAACAGAGCGAAAAAUGUCUCUUGAAAGGCAGGAGGCACGAGACAGGCAGAGGAGGGAGGAAAGAAUACGGGGAAGAUGGCAUAUUAUACAGCAAAUAGAAAAGAACCAGGAGGAGCGAUCACUGCUUGCUGAGCAACGGGAGCAGGAGAAGGAGCAGAUGCUGGAGUACAUGGAGCAGCUCCAGGAGGCAGACUUGGAGGACAUGGAACGAAGGCACCAGGAAAAACUAAAGAUUCAGGCUGAGAUCAAGCGCAUCAACGAGGAAAACCAGAGACAGAAAGAAGAGCGAAUGGCUCAGGAAAGGUUGGCAGACCAGAUGGUGAUGGAGUUUACCAAGAAGAAGAUGGCUCGAGAAGCAGAAUUUGAGGCUGAGCAGGAGAAAAUCCGGAAGGAGAAAGAGAAGGAGAUUGCCCGCCUCAGGGCCCUGCAGGAGAAGGCCCAGGACUACCAGGCAGAACAGGAUGCCUUGCGUGCCAAGCGCAAUCAGGAGGUGGCAGACCGGGAGUGGCGCAGAAAGGAAAAAGAAAAUGCACAGAAAAGGAUAGAAACAGAAGAGGAUCUGCGGAAGACCCGGCUCGAACAGGUGGCCUUCAAGGAACACACUCUAGCAGUCCAGGUGCAACGAGACCGGGAUGAGUUCGAGAGGAUUCUUCGAGCUCAGAGAGAACAGAUUGAGAAGGAGCGGCUGGAGGAGGAGAAAAGGGCUUCAGAGCGCCUGCAGCAUGCCAAUGAGCUCCGGCGCCAGGUGCGUGAGAAUCAGCAGAAGCAGGUGCAAAACCGGAUUGCCACCUUUGAAGAGGGCCGGCGUCUCAAAGAAGAGGCCCAGAAACGGCGUGAACGCAUUGAGGAUAUCAAGAAGAAAAAGCUGGAAGACCUGAGAGCCACGGGCCUUCCUGAGAAGUACUGCGUGGAAGCGGAGCGCAAGGCUAACAUCCCGGCAUUCACCUCUGUGAAAUGAUGAGGAGCCUCUGUGGUCUUUUUGGAAGACUGGUUCUGUCUAGUAUCUCGUGGUUCACAAUUGCUGCAAACCUAGACAUUUCAAAGUUAUGGAUUAAAUCU